AAUGUUCUGGUACUGUAACAGAGAGGCGGGACGCGACGAGGUAGUGCUAGACCCUCCAGACCCCAGAGUGGUGCCUCACACAGCGAUGACCUCCGACCUCUCGACGACCUCAGACUGGGGGAGGAGUCCAUGCCGGAGGCGCUGGCGGGGGGGACCAGGACCUGGAGACAGUUCCUGCGAUUCCGUCGGCGUCGUCACGACCUGCAGGAGGAGGCUGAAGAUGCCGCUACGAAGAGAAGCUCCGCUAUAGCCCACCUCCAGGCGAUAGAAACCCGUCAUCAGUGUCUCCUUCAGGACGCUAAGGAGCUGGACGAAGGUGUGUCGAGGACGAACAGUGAGCUGAGGCUACUUGACGAGGACAUGGAGCUUGUGCUAGUCCUCAAGAGUGGACAGGUCAAGGUGGACCUCGAGCUCAUGACGGAGAGUCUGCAACCGGAUUUCAGUGAUACCCGACUAGUGCAGCAAGACGAACUCAGCAAACUAGAGACCACUGCUGGGAAGUGUGUGGAGGGUGCGUCUGCAGCUGGUGGAGGGGAGAGCGAGGAAGUGGAGGCCCUCAGAACACUCAGAGGACAACUUCAGCUGGAGGUGGAGCUCGCUCGGCAAGACCUCCACCAGAUUAACACCUUCAAGGUUGGUCGUGACGUGCUAGCAGCAGCAACACACGCAGUGGGAGGAGCAGCUCAGGCAGACCCCUCGCAGCUCUACGCUUCCCUACAGCGACUCCAACAGCUACAUGGGAAGCAGACGCGGAGCAUGGUGGCUGACUGCAGCAGAGUGGAACAAAAGAUUAGCAGCAGUCGUCAUCGGGUGGCCAGCCUCCAGAGACAGGUGGAUAUCCUCACGAGGGAGAUCGACCAGCUGCAGGAGUGUGUGGCUCAGGCACAGCCAGAGGCUCAGCUGGCUAAGAGAGAGAACAGACUACGCCGAGUGAUGGCAUGCAGUGAGCUGACAGCCCAGGCCAGACACCGCCAAGCAACCAUCUUAGACCUGGAACAUGAGCUGGACACACUAAGACUCCGUACCUUCCCCAUGCUGUGUCGCCCUCCCCUGCCUCCCACACUCUCCUCGCGCAAGUAGACCUCAAGUAAUACUUUUGGUACGGAAGUGAAAAAACAUUUUAAUACUUUAUUUCAUUUCUGUAUACAAAAUGUAGUUUACAUUUAAUAAAAUAUCGUUAAGCCUAUAGAUAUGUAGAUAUAAAUCCAUAUGUAUUCAUGUUAACCCCUUGGGACCUAGUUCCUGGGCCUUUUGUGUAUCCAUAUGCUCUUGCGCUACCGUCCACAGGAUGGAUAUGGGGUGCACAAUAAACUAGCAACUUCGGUGGCAAAAUCUAAAAUCUAAUCUAAAAUAUCGUUAAGCACAAAAGAAAGCCACUAGCAUGCCGUGCAUUUCGGGCAGUAGAAUGCGGUGCAUUUAUUUAUUUCUCUGCAGUAUACAAAAUGUAGUUUAUUUUGUUAUGCACAAAAGCCACUUGCAUGUUGUACAAAGCAUUAUCCUGGAAGGUUAGUAAUACAGGAUAGCCCAAGAGUACCAAUGAUUGGAGCUUAUUUGUACUGGAGUGCUUUCACCCGCUUACCCAAAAUGCGACCCAGAACGUUUGACUAACAACCAAUUACCUUCUUACUGUUAAGUGAAGUUGUAAGGAAACAUGUCCAGUGCUUCCAUUCGCUCUGUGUUUGAAUUCUCGCCCUUCUGUCGAGAGCCGAAGGCACUACUACUACUUGAGCCACGAGCCACGGAAAAAAACGACGUUCUUAUAAGGAAAGGAGACAUCUGGAGUGAGGCUAGGACGUCAUAGUUUAGUGCCAUUGCUAAUAUGGCCUGGUAGGCAACACCCCUCACACACAGUGUCCGUGGUUCAAUCCUUAACAAGGGUGGAAACAUUAGGCGUGUUUCUUUGCACCUGCUGUACCGUUCACCUAGCCAGUAGGUACCUGGGUGUUAGUUGACUGGUGUGGAUCGCAUCCUGGGGGACAAGAGUUAAGGAUCCCACUGGAAAUAAAGAAGACAGUCCUCGAUGACGCACUGAGUUUCUUGGGUCAUCCUUUGUGGCUAACCCUCCGGGUUUAAAAAUCCGAACAAAAUUUUGUCUUACUAUCAUAUUAUAACCAAGACAUUGCCAUUGUUAUUUUUUACUUAUUAUUCUUUUGGUACUUUAAUUUGUGAAUUUUAUUUUGUCAAUUUAAAUCUAGUUAUACUCUUGAUCUUGUCAACAACCUAUACCAGACCCUAGUGCAAUUGCAAGUACCAUUUCAAU